AUGACCUUUACUUAUGGCUACGAAAUAGCAUCUCCUAAUGGCCAGCUCGGUCAUGUCAUUCCUCCUCCUCUCCUGGGAAAAAAAAUAAGCGUCUCAAGUGCAGCAAAUACAAAUCGCUGGAUCUUCUAUGGCACUCGUAAAGAAAUCGUAGACUGGAUUCGGCAGCACCCUGACAUAGUACUUGAGAAUGCGGUGUUUGCCGGGGGUAGACCUACGACUUACCACACACACACUGAAAUUGUGAUCGAUCUGCUCCAGAUGCCCGAUGCAGAACAGUCUUAUUACGAUUACUUUAAAUCGUUUGUGGUCAGCGACUACGCUACUGAGCGAGUCAAGGUCGAGAUCCGUCCUAGGGUUGAGAGCAAAGAUCAAUCAAUCAUCACCCUCUGCAGAGUAAUAGUCGCAAGUGGAACCCGUCUGGGCGACGUUGUGGAUGAACUCGAGCGGGAGUGGGCCCAUCCUGCGGCAAGCUAUUAUCAGCAGGCCGUCGACACAUUUAACGAUAAUCCCGGUCCAGUACACAUCAUCAGUACAGAUGCCCCAAUGGCUGUACAUGUAGAUCACUCAUAA